CCUGCUGGCGGGAGGAAGACGUGACCGCGCACUGUCACUCGAUAUAUACAUUUUGCACAAUUAUGUCUCGUCUUCUUAACUGUAUCGUAGCAGUUUGUCCUGACAUGGGAAUAGGGAAAAAUGGAAAUCUGCCCUGGCAUCCAGUAAGAUUAAGUAAUGAAUUUAAGCACUUUCAGAGAAUGACCAUGACCCCUUCAGUGGAGGGUAAAAAGAAUGCAGUGGUCAUGGGCAGAAAGACCUGGUUCUCUAUUCCUGCAGCAAACAGACCCCUUAAGAACAGAAUCAACAUAGUUCUCAGCAGAGAGCUCAAGACAGCCCCAGAGGGAGCUCACUAUCUUUGUUCAGACUUCAGUUCUGCCCUUAAUCUAUUAGACAGCCCUGAACUCGAAAAAGAACUGGACCAGGUUUGGAUAAUUGGCGGCAGCGCUCUUUACAAGGAGGUGAUGGAGAGCCCGGGUCCCAGGCGUCUUUUGGUAACACGGGUCCUCAAGCAGUUUGACUGUGACACAUUUUUGCCUGAUAUUAACAUGGAUAAGUACAAGCUUUUGCCUAAGUUCCCAGCGGUUCCAACAGGCAUGCAGGAGGAGAAUGGCAUUCAGUACACUUUUGAAGUGUAUGAAAGCACUGACCACUAAAGAGGAGCUUAUAAAUAGGAUGUUAAGAUUUGAGAAGGGUCACCUAGUGGGUAGUGUUUUUAGUCAAACCGGUCUUCCAUAAGCACAAUAACUCAAUGUGUCAGUCUGCUGACUGCUAUAGGCCAAACUACCAUUAAACAAGUUUGUACACGUUUAUAUUCCUUGGACAUUGUUUCAAAUAUUCAGAAGUGAAUUUUUAUCCCAAUAAAUUGAGUUUUCUACA